UCAGUGAAAAAACAAGAGGUAUUUUUAUAAAAAAUAUUAAGAAAUAUGUCAGCUAUAUUUCAGGGAACUUUAGCUCGUAAUUUAGAAUAUGGACAUAUAUUGGAAAUCUGUGCAAAAGCUCAACCUGAUGGAAACUGGUUUAAUAUAACCUUGGCCUCUAAGACUCCCGAGGACGAUAACAAAAUCGAUGUGGGCCUUCAGAUAUUGGUGUAUCUCAACAAUAAUAUGAUUGCCUUUAAAACGGCCCACAAUGAGUGGAAAGAGGAAAUACAUCAUGAAUUUUCCACCUCAGUAUUUUUGGUGAAAUUCAAUAUCACCAUUGUCAUGUCAGAGCAUAAUUUCAAUAUAGCCAUUAACAACAGACCCUGCAGUCGCAUAAGUUAUAGUCUGCCCUUGGAUAUUUUAAAUACUAUCAAAAUAACUGGUCAAUUGGAUUAUAUUAAACAAGUGGAUCAUCGUAAAUAUUUCCCUUUCACCUGGCCGCCCUUGCAUAUUUCCGAAGAAUCUGUAGACUUUAGCAAUGAUCAACCCAUGUCAUUUGAGCCGGGUCAUGUAAUGAUCCUGAAGGCUCAACUAUUUGGCAAUGCCAAUGGCAGAUUUGUUUUACAAUUGAAAAAUGCCCGGAACAAUCAAAGAGAAGAGUUACAUGUUAGUGUACGUUUUGACAACCAAAAGUUUGUGAGAAACUCCAAGACCACCAUGUGUAAAGAUAAACGUACUAGUAUUGAAUAUUUAGGCUAUGGCUCAGAGGAAACUGAGGGCGGUUUUCCAUUCUCUGAUUUCUAUUGUCCCUUCAAACUGGCCAUUGCAUUUACUGAAACCGAAUUUUAUAUAGCUAAAGAUGGCCAAUUUUUAUGCAGAUUCCGCUAUAGAACUGCCAAUGUUUUACAGGAUAUCGUGGGUGUGAAAAUCAGGGGUAUUGAUGAUGUGAUUGUAAGGGUCAAUGGCGUUGAUCACAUUCAAAUGGAUGAUCCACAGUGUAUUGGUUUUGAAAGUUAUUCUAGUAAUUAGGUUAUAUAUAAAAUAUUUUUAAUUUAUUGUACAUAUUUAUUUAUUUUGUAUUAUCUUGUCGGUAUCGUUAUCUGAAUCAUAGAGAAAUACACAUAGAGCGGAAACUAUAAAAAACUCAAACAUA